AUGGAAUCAAAUUCUAUGAAUAAUAAUUAUGACCUAUACCAAAAAUUUGAUGGAACCUUUGUUGAUAAAACAAAAGCAACCGGUAUGCUAAAAUCAUAUUUGUGUGAUGUAAUGACUGAGUUCCCAAAUGAAGAAGCAAAAGAAGAGUGUAUUGAUGAAUCAAAUAUUUCUUAUUUACGUAUCAAUCUUCUUGUAAGACCAGUACCUCCUAAAUUUUCAAAAAAACCAACAAAAGUUAUGAGAAGACCAAUAGGAAUUCAACAAUUAAAACAAGACUUUUCAAAACUAACAAAAGAUAUUGUUAUUAAAAUGAAUAAAUUAUGGGUUCAAUAUAUUGAUAAAAUUAUGGAAAUAUCACAUAACUUAAAUAGUUUAUUAAAUGCUGAAAUUCAAGGAGGAGAAAUUAGUAUUAUUCAAUCAAAAAAUCCAUUGCUUGUAGGUAAAAGAGGAAUUUGUGUUUAUGAAUCAAAGAAUGUUAUUGUUCUUGCUUCUCCAACAACUCCAGUAAAAAUUACAACUAUUCCAAAAGAAAUUGUUAAUAUGAAACUUCAUUAUAAAGAUAAAUGUAUUAUUUUAUAUGGAAGAAAUUGGACAAUAAGACCAUGUGAUAGAAUUGAAACAAAAAAUUUCAAAGAAAUUAAACCAAUUCAUUUUGAAUAA